CACGGGGCUUCAGUUCAAUUCUCCCAUCUCUUCGACGUCGCUGGACCUGUUCUCAAUUCCUAUCCUGUUAUUCCUUACUUUCUUUACUGUUUUUAUUUUAUUUUAUUCAUCCCACGCGGGUUUUCUUUCGUUCCACGUGUUUUGGGCAGUGAGAUCGCUGGGAAAACGUGUCACCGCUUGAUUCUUUCAUACUUCUCGCUCCUUUUUUCACAUUUCCUUGUCUCUGAGAUUCGAUCUUGAAUCAGUACACCGUCAUUUGCGACAUUUAAAAAUUUAAUGGGCGUAUGAAGAAUGUUGACCCGCAACCUUCAACGACCCAUCUAUGGACUCUCCAGGCCGCUCAGGGUGAAUAGAACCAGUCCAUCUGCCCAUCUCUUCAGACGUCUACAAACCCAGGCCCAACCACCUCAGCCAAGUCCUCCGCAGGAUGUUGGGGACUUUAGUGCGGAGGGCGGACAUCCCGAAUUCGGGUUCAAACAAACCCUCUGGAAGAUGUUUGAAGCUGCCGCUACCGCCGCCGCUUCUAUUGCAAUAUUAGGUGCAGCUGGAUAUUCAUAUCAUAGAUACUACAAACAUCUGGUCUUGGAAAAGAUCGACAAUGCUUUUCAACCGGGUGAUCCGGCUCUCGAGGUUGCUGGUGUGGAGUACGGAAAGCAUCAAUAUAACCACGAAGAGCACUGGGUUGUCCGUGAUGAGCAAACAAAAAUGGACAAGAUCAUCACCGGUCAGGCCGGGGGUCACUAUUAUCUGAUCAUCGGCGAGAAGGGAACCGGAAAGACGUCUAUGAUCCUCGAGUCUAUGCGCAAGAUCAACGGAGAUGGUGUCGCCAUAUUUGAGGCUCACGGUGACCUGGAGAUCUUCCGGGUCAGACUGGGAAAAGCAUUGGACUUUGAAUAUCACGAGGAUUAUAUUGGCAGUUUGUUCAGCAUUCGGGGACCACGCGAUACCACGCCUUUGCUCGAUAUUGAGCGCGCCCUGAAUAAAUUAGAGAAAGUCUCUUUAAGCAGACGCCGUGCAGGGAAAUCGCCACUUGUCCUCGUCAUGAAUUCCACUCACCUAGUCAGAGACGACCAUGAUGGUCAAGAUCUUCUUGAGAUGAUUCAACAACGGGCAGAACAGUGGGCUGCCAGUGGAUUAGUUACGACAGUGUUCAAUAGCGACGAUUACUGGGUGUAUGAACGCUUGAAGCGUUACGCGGCACGGAUGGAGGUCAUCCCUGUCUCUGACCUACCCAAAGAUAAGGCGAUGGCAGCUUUGAGGAAUUACCGCAGACAAUAUUUUGGCCAGGAUUUGCCUUAUGAAAACCUCGAGGCCAUCUACGACAAGGUGGGCGGUCGAUUGUCUUACUUGAACAGAGUUGCCAAAGCCGAAGACAUGACGAAGCUUUGCAACAACAUUUGCGAAGCUGAAAAAUCAUGGUUCCUCAACAAGUGCUGGAUUCUCGGAAUGGAAAUGGAUGACGAUGUUAUGGAUGAGCAAAAGCACGCUUCUGCUGCCAUGGUCCUUGCCAAAGCACUUGUGGACAAGGAAAAGGAGAUGGACAAGAGAUAUGACGCUCAAAUCGGCCAUAUUCUCCCAGAGAUCCCACUGCAUGAGGCUCGGGAGAUUAUGACACGAGCCGACUUCAUUCAAAGCUACGACCAUGAUAACCUCUUCCACAUUGAUUCUCGCGCCAUGGUCCGCGCCGACUCCGUGCCCAUGCAGCAUGCGAUUCGUGAAAUCUGCUCUUGGGACAAUUUCGACAAGCAUCUUGAGGGAACCUUGGACCGUAUUGGUGACAUCGAGAGCCUGGGACGGACUCGUGAACUCACCAUCAAAGACCUCUGGGACCAGGGCAAGUACAAGAUUGCCAUGCUGGACCACAAGGGCCGUGGAAAUGGCACAGUUGAGUUCUCCGUUAUGGAGCGGGAAAAGGACGAGGAUGAUUCCGACUAGAUGUACAGUACUUGCUGAUAGACCGGUUUUUUUCUUGCUUACAUUUAUUCAUGUACAUAUUGACACUUGUUUUGUAUACCAAUUGAAUGUUUUUUGUUUCUUGGAA